AUGGAAAAUAUCUAUGCGAACGAUUUCAACAUCUCUCCUCCACAGAAUGAAACUUUUUUAGACGUAAAUCGCUCACAGCUUCAGAAUGAAGUUGACAUGAUUCAUCGAAUCCAAGUUAUUCAAAAUGUUGCUAAUCAAUUAAGACGAGCAGAAGAGGCUGCUGAAGAUCAACCACCGCGAUGGUUUCAGAAUUGGCUGACCGAUGAGAAUGCAUUCCCUUCAAGAAUGGAAACGAGAUUUAACAGAAUGGAAGCGAGAUUCGACAGAAUGGAAACGAGAUUCAACGGAAUGGAUGUGAGAAAUAGAAAAACGGAAAAUAUCCAGUUAAGAUCAAUGGGAUUUCCUAUUAAUAUCGUUCCUUUUCUAAGCGGGACUCAGCCAGAUGAUGAUUUGCCAGAAAUUAGAUCUGUUGAAGACAUUGAUGGCUUAACAAGGGACCAAUGCGCUCGCUACUUAGAUGGGUACGGGAUCCGCUUCAAUUUUAAUGAGUCGAUUAAAAUGAAAGAAAGACUUCGUGAUAUCCUUGGUUUAAUCAGCAUCUACGAUCUUAGUCAUCACUUCUCUGGGUUCAAUUAA